GAGAUUGGAUUAAAUAUUAAGUGCAAAACCAGCCAAAAAGCUGUCAUGGACAAUCGAGAGCGGCGUAGAUGUUAAGGUGGCUGAUGCGUUGAAAGGAUCAAAGAUGGCUGGCUGUUCAUUGCUUUCUGGUGAUUGAUACAAGAUGGAGGCUGAAGGGAGAGCGGUAUGAGUAUGAUUCACCGGACUGCAUCUUCAAAGAGGCGACGCCCCUCCAGGAGUGCAGCGACAUCGCCACACCGGACGACCACUGGAUCAAGACGUCCUAGCGUGGCCGUGUGCCCUGCUACAACGACAUGUCCUUCGGAGCUGACCGCCCCUGUCAGCAGGCAGAGGAGAGCGAGCAUAGCGGUCCCGGAAGACACCAGCCCCAGCCCGACAGAAUUCGUGACGAUAACCGCAGCGGAAGACGAGCCCGAUUCCGAGCCCGACUUCGACGUGUUCGACCGUAGCCCGAGGGGCAGCUUGGUUCCAGAACACCGCAGCCCUCGCGGCAGCCUCACCCCGGAAGCGUUCAACCGCAGUCCGAGGAACAGUCUAGUCCCCGAUUUUAACAGAAGCCCAAGAAACAGUAUAAUACCCGAUACGAGGGGUUCCAGGAACAAUUUAUUGCCGGAGCCCGUGAACUACAACCGAAGCCCGAGAGGAAGCCUAUGUCCGGAUGGCGAACUUUUCUCCAGGUCCCGAUCCAGUCUUCUCGCCGAGGAUUUCAACCGCAGCCCCAGAAACAGCCUAGUUCCCGAAUACAAUAGAAGUGCCAGAAAUAGCCUAGUGCCCGAUGUCAGUCCGAGUAGAAGUGCCAGGAACAGUUUAGUCCCCGAUACUAGCCCAUCUCGGACGCCGAGAGGUAGCAUUAGCAUCGCUGCACCCGAGCCAUCGCGUACUCCCAGGGGGAGCAUAACCCCCGACCCAGCGCGUAGUCCCCGAGGUAGUCUUAUCCCAGACGUUAACCGUAGCCCUAGAGGAAGUUUAGUGCCGGAUUCUAACAGAAGUCCGAGGGGAAGUAUAGCCUCUGAAACGUCUUAUAAUAGAAGUCCGAGAAACAGUUUACCUCUCCAAGAGAGUCCAUCGGUUAGGAGUCCCAGGGGAAGUAUAGGAUCCGCCUCUCUUCACGAUCAAGCAAGAAGUCCCAGAGGAAGUGUCGACAUUACUUUGCCCGGAGUUCGGGGAGGAUGCAACAGAAGUCCAUCCCCUUACAGAAAUCAAAGGUCGCAGAAUUACACGACCCAGGACAGCACAGGAUCGAGAAGAGCUAGCAGCAGUGUGAGUCAGUUAUGCCCCCUAGAGGGGGUCAAAGCAAUCUUCAUAGGGCCCGCCUUCGUGUCUAGCCAAGUAGCUCUAGCACGAAAAGAUAGCCUCGGCCACCCGGUGUCAGGAGACGAAAGGAGGCAUUUGUGCGAGCAUACGAAGCUCAACUCGGAAUCCGGCGGGGUCGCAGCAUACGGAAGUGUUGUCUACCAGCUCAACCAUGCCAACAUGGAAGCAUCCGGCACGUGUGACUUCAUGCUGAGAGCUUUCGGGAUUGUUUACAGAACAGUUGUCGUCUCUGUGGUGUUAAUUUGUCUCACAGCAUUGCCUCUGAUCAUGUUCAUAAUGGGAAUCCAGUUCGUGAGGGACUGCCCGAGGGAGCAACACAUACCAGUUUACAUGAUAGUCGGCGGUACAUUUGGUACGCUCAAAAUGGUCUGGCUGGUUUGGCGCCAAAUCAGAUCUUUGAGGUUCGAAAGGAGACGAGAGCGCAAUUCCACGCCGCAGGAUCCUCUGUCUACGCCCAGCCGAGUAGCCGACAUCCUUCUCUCGUCCUUUCUCGUCGUCUGGUUCGUCUUGGGCAACGUCUGGAUCUUGAGUAUAUACUGGCCAGAGUUCGAGCCGACUCUGUUCGAGCCGAACCGAUGGUGUCACAAGACGCUUUACAUCUUUUCACUGAUUCACCUCGCGAUCUUGUAUUCAAUCAUCGGUGUCGUCAUAAUCCUGUUCAUCGUCCUUCUAAUGUGUCAGUUAUGCAUAUGCAACAUGAUGAUCUCGUGUAAGUAGUAUAACCAUCACACCCCGGGCUCGUUUAUAUAUCGCUCCGGGGUGCCCGUGUGACCUUCGCAAAGGUCACAUCGCUGACCGCUUGCCUGAGGGUGGUUGUCGAUCCCCGACGCCAUUCCGGGCCUUUUCACGACUACAGGAAGUAAUUAAAACACUAUGAAAGCUGUCUUUUUACAUUUCGUCGUUAAACUGAACGUAUUCAAAGCACGCGUUCAUCUAAAGUUUUUAACUCGGAAAGUUUUAGAGACUGGGGGGAAGUAAGUCACGGCAAAAAUCUUUUGACACUCGCCUUUUGAUAGACCGUCGACAAAGGCGCUCUAAAUAGAUGUAAAACUUUAACCUCCUGGGAAUUCGCAAUACACCUUGUUUUGGAAACUGUUAAUACUGAAAAAUUGAUUUAAUGGUUUCACGAUAUAUUUUUAACAAAACUACUGAUUUUUGGCACUUUUAUGAAACGGUCAUUUAUUUUAAAUAAUGGGAUUGAUCAUAAGUAAAUUGCAUAAUUGUCUAGAUUUUACGCGUUUUAUACAUUUUUUUCUAACACGUUAUUUUCUCCAUUAUUCUUUUGCUUUCGUACCUUAAAUUAAUUAAUUAAUGAAUUUUAAACAUAUAUUUUUAGUUGUGUGUUUGAUAGCUUUUCUUGUGUUAAGAACAUCUAAUCAUUUCUUUUUAACGUUCUUUCAAAAAGUUCAAACAUUUUUAAACUGUAAUGCUCAUAAAUAUUUAUGCAUGCUAUACCAUAUUUUAUCAUAUUCAUUUAAUACAAAUAUCGUCAAAAUUUGUAACUUUAGUU